GACAAAUGUAGUGCUUUGAGAGCUUUGUUGGAAUUGGUGGCCGGAUGGCGUUGGAGGGCGUCCGUGAAUAUUGACUCAGACCGGGUAUAUUAAAUAAUGGAUGGUCAGAAGUUCUGCCUCAAGUGGGAUGGGUUCCAGAGCAGUGUCACCUCUCUGUUUGACCACCUCCGACAAGAUGAGGAGCUGGUGGACAUCACCCUGUGCUGUGAGGGCCAGAAAGUCAGGGCACACAGAAUGAUGCUGUCUGCAUGCAGUCCAUACUUCAGGGAUCUCCUCAGAAACAACCCGUGUCAGCAGAUGGUGUUCUUCCUGAAGGACACGUCGGCCGCCGACCUGCUGGCCAUCAUCGAGUUCAUGUACAAGGGCAGUGUGAACGUGGCCCAGAGCCAGCUGGCCAGCUUCAUCAAGACGGCGGAGAUGCUGCAGAUCCGCGGUCUCAGUGGGGAUGACGACAAGCCGUCCCCGCCCACCGAGGGCCGGGUGGAGAAGGUGGACCUGACGGAGGAGGAUGACGGCGACGUCAGCCUGGACGCCACGCUCGGCUAUGUGGCCGAGUACGAGGGCAGCUACGGCGAGCCGGACCUCUCCGUCAGCGCCAUGGUGGCCGGCGGCGCCACGGCGGCAGCGGGUGCGUUCGCCUGCGACGUGUGUGGCCGGUUCUACGCGCACGCCGUGUCUCUGGGGCUGCACAAGAAAGUGCACGAGGGCUUGACGACGUGUGCGCUCUGUGGAAAGGUGCUCAACAAAGUGGCCGAUUUGAGGGCGCAUCUGCGCCAGGUUCAUCGGCUGUCAAAAGACGACGUCAAGAAAAUUGUUCCACAUCGCAAACGUUGA